AUGCGCGGCUUAAGCAUGGGCGCGUCCAUGCUGGACAAGCUGAAAGAUGCGGGCAUGACAAGAAAAUCAAGACAGUCUUUAGGGAGUGCGGCGUCCGGGGGUGAUCGGAGAAAUAGUCUGCGGGACCGCUUGAUGGGCCGGAGCUCGCAGCGCAGUUCCUUCGCGGAGAUCGUCCUCAAGAAGUGGACGGCGCCCCGCGAGGCGCCGCGCCAGGCCAUGAUUGGUGGGGUGGAAGGGUCGCUGCGAGCCUUUGACCUGCAUGUGCACCUGCUGCUCUGGAGACACGUGUCGAAGCGAGGCAACCGCAUCAUCGAGACGGUCAUCAACGCGUUACAUGAUUGUGACAUGGCGUUGAGGGUUAGAAGGAUGGGCUUGAUGGAGGGCGACCACACGGCUGUGUUGACGGAUCCCGAAUGCGACGCGACGAUGGUCUGCGUUUUAGAUGAUUUCGACGUGUUGCUCUUAGAUCAAUAUGCUUCUACGUUAGUUGAGGUGCUGAAGGGGCGGAAGGAUUUAACAAAUGUAGAGCAAUUAGCGAAGGAAGGGGCGAGAGUUACUUUAGCUCUGGAGCGGCCGCAAGCAGCACGCAAGGUGACGAUCAUCUUCACCGGACAUUCUGAAGAUGAGGAGGCGACGAAGGAGGACUCCUUGUACUACCCGUACACGUUUGCUUGCGGCGUCCCGUUUAUACGCCAUCAGAGCGACGCGCCAUCCCCACGCGCUGUCGCCGCGACCCCAUCGCCACGAGGAUCGCCGCGAUGGCGUGCUGGUGGUAGACGUACUCUCGAGAGCACUCGAUCCGAGUCGCGUCACGCCCCACGCCGUCGACGCGUCGCGCUGACGCCAUCGCCGCGCCGCAGGUGCGCGAAACGCCGAGAAUACAUCGCGGACCAAAAAACAAAGAACACGGGCCUCCACGAGGCCGUCGGCCACGUCAUGAAGCUGUGCGAGAAGCACGGCGCCAAACCACCGGCCUACGUCGUCGAGUUACUAUGCGUCCAGGAGUUCCAGGACGCCCAGGAGUGGAAGGGUAGAGGGGGGGCCGGUCGAUCGAGAGCGAGCGCGGCUUCCAAUGGUGAUGGGCCUGGAUUGUCGUUAGAAGGCGCCGAGGGCAUGGAGGGCGCCGACGCGGAAGCGCUCGCGCAGCGGAUCUUGAGUCAUCAACUCCAGGCGGACCAGCACUCGCUGCUGUGCCCGGUGACGCACACGCAUGUGUUAUGGGACGAGACCGUGGCGGCGAAGAUGUACCAGGCGGCGGCGAAGGAUUGAGGCUUGUUUUCGUUCGCGCGUAACUUUUCCUGGCUCGCGAGUAGGUUGGUUGGGGCGCGCCGGCGGCGUUUGACGCGCGUUGUUAGGAUGCCUACGCUGCGGCCUGGACACUCGUACUGCACUCUCACAUGUUACCUUGACCUCGGCGUUGACGUCGGCGCGGGACCAACGCCCUGCAGACGCACCGGGCGGGCGAGGGAUCAGUCCCAGGCCACGCUGUCGCCGCGACACCAUAACUACAAAAACACUUGGUAUAGACGUCGGGCGGGGAGGGGUAGAUCAGCAGGCCGUCUC